GAGCCUGCUAGCCAAAUGGGGAAAUUCUGGAGGAGAAAAGGAGACACAAGAAAGGAAGAAUGCUGUGCAAAGGAUCAGGAGCAAAAGGAGUUGAAAGUCAGACUUCUUGAAGCCAACUCUAGCAAAGAGAAAGAGCUCUGCCCGUGCCAGCCAGACCCAGUCUCCAGUGCUGGUCCCCCUGAUGGCACGUUGUACAACCCUGUGAAACCUGCCAAGCUGGACGCCACAGCUUUGCACGACUGCACUUUGGCCGGCACUGUGCCUCCUUCGGAGCCGUCGAAUCAUGCAGUCCUAGCCCGCGACACAGGCAUCCACGAAGAGCACUAUGUAAGUGAAGGGGUGGAAGAUGAUGUGCCAGACUGCAGAGAGUACAGAGAUGCCUGCACCAUUACUGAUGUGUGCAAUAGUACCAACCUUCCUGAAGUUGAAAUCAUCAGUCUACUGGAAGAACAGCUGCCUCAUUAUAAGCUAAGAGCAGAUACAAUCUAUGGUUAUGACCACGACGACUGGCUUCACACACCUCUCAUUUCCCCUGAUGCGAAUAUUGACUUAACAACUGAGCAAAUAGAAGAGACCUUGAAAUACUUCCUUUUAUGUGCUGAAAGAGUGGGCCAGAUGACUAAAACAUACAAUGACAUAGAUGCUGUAACACGUCUUCUUGAAGAGAAAGAACGGGACUUAGAAUUAGCUGCUCGGAUUGGCCAGUCACUGUUAAAGAAGAAUAAAUCACUGACAGAAAGAAAUGACUUCCUAGAGGAGCAAGUAGAACACAUCAGGGAAGAGGUUUCUCAGUUGCGACAUGAGCUCUCCAUGAAAGAUGAACUGCUCCAGUUCUAUACCAGUGCUGCUGAGGAAAGUGAACCAGAGUCCAUCUGUUCCACCCCGCUGAAGAGGAAUGAAUCUUCCUCCUCCGUCCAGAACUACUUUCAUUUGGACUCUCUUCAAAAGAAACUCAAGGACCUUGAAGAGGAAAAUGUUGUGCUUAGAUCUGAGGCCUGUCAGCUGAAGACUGAAACAAUUACUUAUGAAGAGAAAGAACAACAGCUUGUCAACGACUGCGUAAAAGAGCUGAGGGAUGCAAACAUCCAGAUUGCCAAUAUCUCCGAAGAGUUAGCAAAGAAAACUGAAGAUGCUGCCCGGCAACAAGAAGAAAUCACCCAUCUUCUCUCUCAGAUAGUCGAUCUGCAGAAAAAGGCCAAAGCUUGUGCAGUUGAAAAUGAGGAACUUGUCCAGCAUCUGGGAGCAGCUAAGGAUGCCCAGAGACAGCUCACAGCAGAGUUGCGAGAGCUGGAAGACAAGUAUGCAGAGUGCAUGGAAAUGCUUCAUGAGGCUCAAGAAGAGCUGAAAAACCUCAGAAACAAGACAAUGCCAAAUGCUAUAUCACGUCGGUACCACUCCCUUGGACUCUUCCCUAUGGAUUCUUUGGCAGCAGAGAUAGAAGGGUCAAUGAGGAAAGAACUGCAUUUAGAUGAACCCGACUCUCCUGAUUUGGCUCAUCAGAAGCGGGUCUUCGAGACAGUGAGAAAUGUUAAUCAAGUUGUCAAGCAGAGAUCCAUGACUCCGUCACCAAUGAAUAUCCCAGGCUCUAACCAGUCCUCUGCUAUGAACUCAGUCAUUUCUAGCUGCGUCAGCACUCCACGUUCCAGUUUCUAUGGGGGAGACAUCUCUAACAUUAUGAUAGACAACAAGACCAAUAGCAUCAUCUUAGAGACAGAAUCCUCUGACAAUGGAAAUGAGGACAGGAUGAAGAAGCCUGGAACUCCAGGGACACCAGGCUCCAGUGACCUAGAGACUGCCCUUCGUAGGCUUUCCCUCAGGCGGGAGAAUUACCUCUCGGAACGGAAGUUCUUUGAAGAAGAGCAGGAAAGGAAGUUGCGGGAACUGGCAGAAAAGGGAGAACUCCAUAGUGGUUCUGUUACCCCCACAGAGAGCAUCAUGUCACUGGGAACUCACUCCAGAUUUUCAGAAUUCACUGGAUAUUCAGGAAUGUCUAUCAGCAGUCGCUCCUACCUACCAGAAAAGCUUCAGAUUGUGAAACCACUAGAAGGUUCUGCCACUUUGCACCACUGGCAGCAGCUGGCUCAGCCUCACUUAGGUGGGAUCCUGGACCCAAGGCCCGGAGUUGUCACUAAGGGCUUCAGGACCCUAGACCUGGACCUGGAUGAAGUGUACUGCCUUAAUGACUAUGAGGAAGAUGAGACAGGUGACAUUUCUUACAAGGGCCUAACUACCUCGACGCCAGUUCAGCACACAGAGACCUCAGGUGAGAGGUCACAAGCACAAGUGACUGUUUCAGACAACAAGAAUAACCCCCGCCAAUCUCAGGCUUUCACAGAGGAGAUGCAGGAGUCCGCGACUGACGAUGAUGAGGGGUCUGGUGAGGGAAACUCAUUAAGUCCAGUAAAACUGACAUCUUUUCAGGAUUUUGAUUACUGGGCCAUUCUCACGUCUCUCCAGAACAGCAUCCAUAAUAUCGCUUUGUGUGUAGCAUCUGCACGUUAAUGCGUGCAGUGGUUAGAACAUAACCAUUCUAACAUUUGCUCAAAAAUCGUUUCCUUGAUAAUAUUUUAAUUUGUUUUUCAGUAACAGCAUCUGUGGUCAAUAUUUUACUCUAUUUUGAUAAGAGAAGGCUGCUAAAAGGAAGUGGUUUGUUCACAAACCUUUGUGUGGCACGUGUGCAACUUGUAUGUGUAUUUAGUGCACGCUGUUUAGUGUAUGUAAUGUAUGGAUUACAUAUAUUUUGUAUGACUGUAGUGCAGAUACUCUUCUGACUGUUCAUAAGAGGUGUUGCCAUUCUGUAGAUUUUUGUACAAAGAUUGGUGUUCUAAAGUUCAAACCACUACAUAAAGGUGCAACUAAGUUGCCUUUGCUGAAACAAAUGGAAGUGCCUCGAAAAUCACCAAAGAAAUUCUGUAAGUGUAAUUCACUUACCUCGGGUACAGUAACCUGUUUUUAAAGCCCUUUUGAGAUAAAGAAUUAAGAGGAUGUUUGUAUGCAGUGACUAAUGACAUUUCUCUCAUUCCCUCUCGACCACACUGUUAAAUCCUGUCCUUCCUUUUUUUACCCUAUUAAGACGUAAACAUUUUUAAGUGACACAGUACUGCAUGAAUUACUAGACACACUGAACUGACACUAGUGGUCUGUUAUUGCACAAGGUUACAGGUUCUCAAGACUAUAGAUGUGUUUUGAGUUUGUGUGGUUUCUUUUUUGUUAUUGGGUUUUGGGGGGUUUUGUUUUAAUAAGCUAUAUAAUCUUCAUUAAGAUUUAAAUCUGGUGAAGAAUUAUAUUUAAGAAUCAGAAAAUUACCAGAACUCCUUUUUUUUCAGAUUUCUUGUUUUUAUGUAACUACUUUAAAUGGAGACACUUCCUUCCCUUUCCUUUUUCUGGGAUAAAUCAUAAUUUAAUAUUUGGCUAGUCUUCAGAAGAUUAGAUUGUCUCAGGGCUAAACAAUAAUAUAUCUGUUAUUAUCAUGACAUGCAGAGUAUCUUUAAGUCUCACUGCAGUGGUAGUUCAGUGCUUUCAACUAUUAAAUAUAAGCUACUUUUUGCAUUCAGAUGUAUUAAGGUGAAAUCAUAGAAUCAUAAAGGUUAGAAAAGACCGCUGAGAUCGUUGAGUCCAGCUGCUAACCCAACACUGCCAAAUCCAUCACUAAGCCAUGUCCCUAAGUGUCACAUCUUCAGGUCUUUUAAAUACGUCCAGGGACAGAGACUCAACCACUUCCCUGGGCAGCCUGUUCCAGUUCUUUGAUAUUCAAACCCUUCAGCUUCCCUUUCAAUUGGCAAAAAUUGUCUUUGUUCUAAGAGAUCUAUUGCCCAGAAAUAUUGUUUAUAUUAUUUUUUUAUAAUGAUAUGGAAAUAAAUAAUGCCUCUGCAGGAGUUUUGUACCAUUUUGGAUAUUAUCCAGGUUUUUAUAAUUUUGAAGUGUCUGGGUAACAACAGCAAGAAAAGCUGGAGAUAUAAGGGGAAACAUAGACUGAUAUAAUCAAAGACUGAAAUAACUGGCAUUUUUAGGAUCAAGGGAAUAAAAAAUUCAACAAAAGAUAUUAAUUUUAAAGUGUGUUGCUGCACAGAGGAAGGGAACAAGCAGUUCUUCAUAUACUCAGGAUACAGUAAUUGUGCAAAAAAGUUGCUUAGUUGCUUGGGCUACACUUUGAACAAUUUUCUAAUUGUAAGAAUUUUCUACAAAGGAACAUGUCAAAAAUGUAGAAAAACUGAUUGUCAUGAGCUAUACAUAGACAAGGACAUAGUUUGGGUCCUUUGGUUUUUUUUAAGAAUGGAUUAGUAAAACAUUUCUGGGUAAUAAUGUGGAAGAGUUCUUUCUUUAGAGUAGAACAAUAAAUCUAGCCCUGCUCUGUGAUUACAAACUGGCAAGAAAGUUUGGUAUUUCCAUCCAUUUUCUGUCUACAUUAUGAUUUGAAUACAGGUCACUGUUAUUAAUAGGUUAUUUACUGGUUACUGCUAAUUUUUCCUGGGAAAACUCUGUCUCGGACAAGGGUUUUCAGCAAAUUCCCUACAUUAUAAAUUGGCGAAAUAGGUAAAAUCUAUGAAAUUGUUCUAGCAAUCCUACUUCACUUUGUAUUGUUCUCUAGGUAAUUUUAAUACAUUAGAGAAAUAAAUGGGUAAAAAAUUAAUAACUAAGAAUGAACAAGUGCACUGAAAAUUUUGAUUUCCCAUCCUCCUUUCAAAUUGUUCAGCUGCCUAGGCUUUAAGAGUAUCCAUGAGCUACCACCUCAUUACUGGUUGUGUUGCUCAAAUUAAGUAAAGACACUGCUGUAUCUGCUUCUUGGUGAAGUGCUUUGUCAGAUGUUAUACUGGGAGAAAACAAUUGUGGAUGUUUUCAGAGUAGGCACUUACUAAUGAGGCAGUACUUCUUAGUAUCUACAAUCUGCCUACUGAAGAAUUCCUUUUGGGAGAAGAGUUGCAUGCUUAGCUUAUGAAUUUAUUUUUUAUGUAAAUAGCCAUUGCUUCUCUUGAAAAAGCCUUUUCAGCAUUCUUUCUCCUAGAUUUCUCUGGAAGAAAUGCAAGGCAGGUAGGGGUGUGUAAGGACGUGUGGCUCCUUAGAGCCCUGUCAUGAGUCCAAAGUUCCAGCCUCAUUGCUUGCAUGAUUCCAAGGGAGGUUCCAGUUGGCAGUGUACAAAAUAAACUCUUGCUAGAAAAUGCGGAAGUAAAAUAAAAAGGGAAGGAGAGAAAUAUCUUGGACACAGUCUUUAGCAAUAGUGCUUUUGCUUGUAAUCCAAGAUAGCUCCAUUGUGGAAAAAUCUAGUUCAAGACAUUUAUAAAAAGUAUCAUCAUACAGUUGCUGUUUGCAGGCCAUAAAGCGUGCCAGUCUAGAGCUACAGGUCUUCUAGCCUCAGACCAAAAUGUCUUUAGUAAUACAGUGCCUACAAGGACCAUUCCCAGCAGGUGUAGGUCACCUUAGUCUGUUGGGCAGGUUUCUGCUUCAUUGUAUUGUAUGCUCUGAGCCUUGUAUCUUGUCAUUUUUGCACUGGAGAUCUUCUCUGGCAGAGUAUUCAUGAGUUACAAUCCUUGAAUUUUCCUGUCCCUGUGUUGGAACCUGUAGUAUCCUCUGAUAUAUAAAAUAGUUUCCUCACCAUAAAUGCAUAUUCUAUCCCAGUUAUGGCACUGGACAUUUCAGAAGAAAUGAACAUGUAUGUACUUUAUGAUCUGCAGUUGGUCUGUUGGAGCCACAUGCUGUGUGUGGGUAGAGUAACUUUAGGGAGGAUUGUGAAUUUCAGUAUUGCAGUUCUAGCUUAAUACCCAGGAAGAGGUUGAAAUUUUUAUAUGACUUGUGUAUACACUCAGCAUAAUUGGUAUCGUAAAGAAGUUACAGGACACAGUGUUCUUAAUACCAUCUAGGGCAAGUAAUUUUUGCAGCACAAAUUUUUGUUCUGUGAAAGAAAAUGUAGUAUGUUAUAAAACUGUACAGAAUCUGUCUUGGAGGGAGGGGUUGUUGGGGUUGGUUUUUUGUUUGGUUUGUUGUGGGUUUUUAAUUCAAACAAAACGAACAAGCCAUUCAAAGCACUGAAUAAUGUUAUGAAUGUUCUAAUUUUGAAGUUGGAAGGGCUACAUGAUGCAGCAUAUGUUUAAUUGCCUGCUAGUAUUGGGUGCAUGAACUGGUCUUUCAGUACUGGUGUUUUAGUUCCACUGAUUGAUUGCUCUGAAUAGAUGUGUGCACAGCAUUAUGGAAUCAGCACUCUUGUAUUUCAUGUUUAGACCUUAAUCAUGACUUGGUGAUCUUUCCAAAAGAUGCCUAAAAUCAUAAAAACACAUAAUGAAUGUCUUAUGUUUGAGUUGUUUUUAGAAGGAUUACUAUACAUGCUUCUGAAAGGUUACAUUGUACAGAAAAGCAAUAAAUUUUUAACUCUUCUUAGAACUAAGGUAUUGAUUCAUAUUUAAAUAUAUCUUAUUUUUAAACGGCGUGAAUAUUUUACAGUAAUUAUUUCUUUAAGAGAAGUCUAUUAGCAGUUGCUGUCUAUGCUGUUAAAAUGCUGUAAUUUUAUUUUGGGAAUCCUAGCCUGCAUAAACUCGUGUUGAAGCCACAUUAAAUACUUCGAAGUCUUUUUACACCUGUGCUCCAUGAUUACAUACAUAUGAGAAAGUGGCCUCAGCCCGAAGAAGACCCUGUCCAAAGAAUAUCUGCCUUUGUUCAGUUUUUCCUCUCUUGUUGUUUCCAAAGGCAAAAUAAGUGAAAGGUUUGGAAAAGCAGGUAGUCAGAAAAGAAUUUUGUUGCUUAAGAAACAUAACAGAAGUAACACUCCUGGCAUAGAUGUAUGAAUUCUUGGAGGUUUUAAGUAUUCACAGUUACCCCUAAAACCAGUGUUUACUGAAGGACAUCUGAAGGCACCUAAACACCUUUGUGAGAGCACCAUGCUCACAUUUUACAGGUGUUGUAUUUAUCACCCAUCUCCUUUUUAUUGUAGUUGUUAACCCAGGCAUCAGCUUCAGCAUACCCUCUAUUCCACCUGUUCUGUCAGCCAGGCAUUUUCAGUACAGGUAGCACUGAGUAUCACAGCUCUCACCUUCAGAUGCCUCUCAGUGAUCCUUUGUUAUCUUCUUUCAGAACAGGCAGAGCUUUUCUUUUCUAUUCAGCAAUAAAAUAAACUUCUCAUGUUUCAAAUCAUUAUCUGUUGCUGUAAGGACUCCUCAACCUGAUUGUCAUUUCAUCCGUGUCUCAACAGCCUGUGCUAAAGAAACGCCCAAAUUCCAGUGCAGUUCCUGCUCAAAGAUCAGGGAACCAUCUUUUUUUCCUCCUUUUCUUAAAAUGUGCCACUGAAAUAAUGAGUAGAGUGGCUUGCUUCAGAAUUGGACUAAAAUGUUACCUUUAUGCCAAUUUGGAUCAAGUCAUACUCUGAGGAUUUCCAAUUUUUUUUAAAGUUAAUUUCCUAAUAAAUUUUUUUGAAGUUAAUUUCUUAAUAAAUCUGCAUUUGCCAGAAUAGGUGUUUAUAUUAAAAAAAAAAAGGUUUGCUGGUCACUGUGAGCUCUCUGCCUCCUCACUGUUAUUUCAGCAAAUUUGAGUUUGGAUCCAGUGGUACAAAAUCAAUGUUUUUGUAGCUGUUUUAGUAUAGCUACUUCUUACAAAUAUUCCUCAAACGCAGUUUGUCUUGACAUCAUCUUGUGCAUGGGGCAGGCCAGUAGCUUACAUACUGUAACUUUGUACCUUCCUCUGCACAAGCUGGUUGAAACACAGAUUAAACGGCCCUCUGAGUGUUCCCUGGGCAGAAGAUCAUGUCCUAAACAUAUCUAUUUUGCUGUUUACACCCAGCACAAUGGCCUGUAGGCUCUGAGUCCUGAAUCUGGAUCUGAGGCAGCUCUGAGCUAUAUAAAAUCAGCUUUGUGUUUUGAAUGAGGAAAGCUCUGUUUGUUUUGCCACAAGAUGGAGCUCUCUGUUUGACUGGAACCUGCCUUUUUUGCACUAUUUUAAAAGAAGUUUUUACAACACUGUUGUGCUUACAGCGGGAAAGUCCCUUUCAGCUAUUAUGUUUUGCAUUUUUCCCAUAAUGCCUAUGAAUUGUUUGAGAAAGCUUAAAGUGAAGAAUCAUUAAUUCCUGAGAAUAAAUAAAACAUGAUCCAACAGCAAUCUUAGGUUUAGCUUUAAUUUUAAUUUAGGGGGGGAAUGCACAGUUUGCACAUGUUUUCUGACAGACGAAAUCACAUGAUAUUUCUGUAAAUUUUGUUAAGUACUGAAUUAUGUACAGAUUCUUUUUUCAUACAGAUACAAAGCAUGGUUAUUAAGCUGCCACUGCUUUGAAAAGGAUGAUAUAAGUAAAACAUUUGGUUUCAGACACAGUUACAUGGAAGGGGUGCUUAUAUUAAAAAUAAUGCUUUGGUGCAUGUAUAUAUGAAGAUAGUCUCUUUUAUUAUAAAAAUGUAUUAUUUCCUCAUGAAAAUAUACCAGCUCAGGAAAUGGCCAUUCAUAUGUAAA